AUGCCAAACCUGACUCAGGCACGUGAUGAAUUGUCCAGUAAUCGCAAUUUGCCUAUUGCUCGAAGUAGUAGUGCAUUUGAGAAGGAAACACGAAAUGAAGUUUUAAUUACCCAUGAUUUGCCAAAUGCUGGAGGAACACAACUAUCACCAUUGAUUAUGCCAAACCUGACUCAGACACGUGAUGAAUUGUCCAGUAAUCGCAAUUCGCCUAUUGCUCGAAGUAGUAGUGCAUUUGAGCGUGGAACACAAUUUCUCCCUGAGACUGAAUGGAACAAUAUUCAGAGAGUUGGUGAAUUAUCAGGAAUACGACAUAAUCAUUAUGUAUCUCCUUCAACUGGUUUUAUUAGUAAUAAGAGGAUUGAACUUGAUGGGUCUUGCUGUAGAUGGAUCUGA